AAGUGUUUGCUCUUGUAACGACUGGCCUGUACAUGGAUCGAUCGACAGACAAAUCCUUGGCACUACAAUUAGCUAGGAGGAACCUCCAGCAGUCCAGGGGCUCGUUCGCUGCGCCGGCCGUCGACAACUAACGUACGUGCUCGACGAAGAACGACCAUGGUGGCGGGGAUGCAGCAGGUGGUGGACGUGGCGGCGGAGGCGGCGCCGCGGGUGCCGGUGCCCCCGGGGCGGCCAUUCCUGCGCGCGCUGGGCGCCAACCUCAAGGAGACCUUCUUCCCCGACGACCCGUUCCGCGCGGUGGCCCGGGAGCCCGGCCGCGGGCGGCGCGCCCUGGCCGCGCUCCGGUACCUGUUCCCGUGCCUCGAGUGGCUGCCGUCCUACACCUUCGGCGCGCUCCGCUCCGACCUCAUCGCCGGCAUCACCGUGGCCAGCCUCGCCGUGCCCCAGGGCAUCAGCUACGCCAAGCUCGCCGACCUGCCCCCCAUCAUCGGCCUCUAUUCGAGCUUCGUGCCGGCGCUGGUGUACGCGGUGAUGGGGAGCUCGAGGGACCUGGCGGUGGGGUCCAUGGCGGUGGGGUCGCUGCUGUUCGCGGCCAUGCUGGGGAAGGAGGCGCCGCCGGCGGAGAGCCCCGAGCUGUACCUGCACCUGGCCUUCACGGCCACAUUCUUCGCCGGCGUGUUCCAGGCCGGGCUGGGCGCGCUCAGGCUGGGAUUCGUCGUCGACUUCCUCUCGCACGCCGCCAUCGUCGGCUUCAUGGGAGGGGCCGCCACCGUGGUCUGCCUGCAGCAGCUCAAGGGCCUCCUCGGACUCCAGCACUUCACCACCGCCACCGACGUCGUCGCCGUCAUGCGCGCCGUCUUCUCACAGACACAACUCUGGCGAUGGCAGAGCGUGGUCCUGGGAUGCUGCAUCCUCGUCUUCCUCCUCAGCACGCGCUUCUUCAGCAAGAGGCGGCCAAAUUUCUUCUGGGUGUCGGCGGCGGCACCGCUGGCGUCGGUCAUCUUUGGGAGCGUCCUGGUGUACCUCAUCCAUGGCCAAAACCACGGCAUCCAAGUGAUCGGCAACUUGAAGAUGGGCAUAAACCCUUCGUCGGUGAAUAGCCUCAUCCUGUCGCCGCCGCACAUGAUGGUCGCCCUCAAGACCGGCAUCAUCACCGGCCUCAUCGGACUCGCCGAAGGGAUCGCGGUAGGCAGGAGCUUCGCCAUGGCCAAGAACUACCACAUCGACGGCAACAAGGAGAUGAUCGCCUUCGGGCUCAUGAACAUCGUGGGCUCCUGCACCUCCUGCUACCUCACCGCCGGCCCCUUCUCGCGCUCCGCCGUCAACGUCAACGCCGGCUGCAAGACGGCCAUGUCCAACGCCGUCAUGGCCGUGGCCGUGGCCAUCACGCUCCUCUUCCUCACGCCGCUCUUCCACUACACCCCGCUCGUGGUGCUCUCGGCCAUCAUCAUCGCCGCCAUGCUCGGCGUCAUCGACUUCCCGGCCGCGGCACGCCUCUGGAACGUCGACAAGGUCGAUUUCUGCGUCUGCCUCGGCUCCUACCUUGGCGUCGUCUUUGGCAACAUCGAGAUCGGACUGUCCAUCGCGGUUGGAAUAUCGAUUCUCCGGAUUCUUCUGUUCGUGGCGCGGCCGAGGACGACAGUGCUCGGCAACAUGCCCAACUCCACCAUCUACAGAAGGAUGGACCAGUACACCAUGGCACGGACCGUGCCGGGAGUGCUCGUGCUGCACAUCGACGCACCCAUCUACUUCGCCAAUGCGAGCUACCUGCGAGAGAGGAUCUCGCGGUGGAUCGACGAGGAGGAGGACCGAAUCAAGGCAGCCGGUGAGGAGAGCCUGCAGUGUGUAGUCCUGGACAUGGGUGCUGUCGCCAGCAUCGACACGAGCGGGACGAAGCUGAUAGAAGAUAUCAAGAAGAGCCUAGACAGGAGAAGUAUUCAGACUGCACUGGCGAACCCGGGGAGCGAAGUCAUGAAGAAACUGGACAAGUCCAAGGUGCUCGGGUUCAUCAGCGACGAGUGGAUCUUCCAGACGGUGGGCGAGGCGUGCGAGUACGCUCUGCAAAACUUCAAGAUAGCAAAGGGUGUAGAACGUGCUGACCACAUUGUCUGAAACUCUGACUGAAACUCUGUAUCUCUAGCAAUGACCGCUGUGUUUGUGCUGUCAUUAGAAGAUCGUCAGCACAUAUGUUUCUGGGCACAGUGAAGUUAAGCAUAGUUCAUCAGUUGUUCUCACACGACUUUCAGUUGCUAAUUCUGUUCCCCGCAAAAAAAAGUUGCUAAUUCUGGAA